AUGCCCAGAAGAUCUACAUCAAAGAACUCGAACCUGGGACUAGCAUCGUUUCGAAAGACGAGUUGGAGUACUGGGCAAAGGUGUCUUUAUGUGAGUUGCCUCCCGAUUCGCCAACGUCGAGAAGCCCUCCGUGAUCUGCAUGUGCUACUCACGCAAAUCAUUGCGCGACUAAUCGGAUCCACAGGCAGCCUUGACGCGGUCAUCACGGGAGGUACCUUCUCAGUGACCACAUUGUCGGGUCCUCGAUCUGGUCGCAAGAGCCGAUUCGUGGUUGAGAAGGUCGAGCCGCCAGUAGAGGAUAAGCUUACACCUUAUUCGCCGUACUUUUGCAACCAUGCCAGCAGUGUCCAGCUUUUGGCCGACGGCGAGACUGUGCAACCUACAGCCUCAAAUUCCCAGCCUAAACGUUUCGAAAUCAGUUCAGAUGGAAUUGGCGGCCUUCACAAACAGAUUAUUGAGCUUAAUGAACGGCUUGUCACGCUGACCAGUGAAGUGAGGCGCCGAAAGUAUCCCCUGGUGCUUAAACGCAGCACCGGUAUUCUACUACAUGGACCUGAAGGCACCGGCAAGAGUCUUUUGCUCCGCAAGAUCGCCGAAGCUCCUUGGAAAAAGGCCAUUUUUAUGGAUGAACAGCUUACCGGUACAUUUGAAAAGAACCAAACUAUUUUGAAAAAGGCAUUUGAAGAAGCCAAGGCCUCUCAACCUAGUGUCAUCAUAUUUGACAAAUUGGACGUUUUUGCCCCUAAAAAUGACGAGAACUCACCGGCCCCCAAAUCUAGCUUGGCCCGAAGCAUAGCUGUCGAGAUGGACAAACUCGGAACUGCCAGAGUUCUUCUCAUAGGGGCUUCUACCCGACUAGCUGAUGUCGAUACUGCUCUUCGGACGCCAGAGCUGUUCGCCGAGGAACUCGAGAUCCCAGUUCCAGAUGCGAAAGCCCGUGUUUCUAUUCUCAAAGUCUUGCGGGAGAAAGAGUGGCAAUUUACGGACGAAGUCGCGGAGAACGUCGGCGGGAGAACGCAUGGUUUUGUAGGCCGCGACCUCGCUGCGUUGCACAAAAAAGCUCUGAAGAGGGCCUGUGACCGGUAUUUCGAGCAGAACGAACUCGCUGAGUCGACGGACGGCAACCCGGAUCCAGUUGAGGGGCAGACUUCAGGGGAAACACAGCCACCAACCGAGGAAGUUGGGGCGGAAUUGCCAUCGAACGACGAAGCCUCAGGGGCUGCAGCCUCGGUUUUGCAGGAGGAUUUCGAGGAUGCUCUGCUCAAAAUACGUCCCACAGCCAUGAAUGAGGUAUUCUUGGAGACUCCAAAGGUCAAAUGGUCGGACAUUGGAGGGUCCGAGGGCGUGAAGGCGGCGCUUAGAGAAGUCACCGAGUGGCCUUUUCGGCAUCCAGAAGACAUGGAAGACCUUGAUCUCCAGCCGCAGCGUGGAAUUCUCCUAUAUGGCCCCCCUGGUUGUUCCAAGACGCUGUGCGCGAAGGCGGUUGCGACCGAGUCAGACCUAAAUUUCCUGGCGGUCAAAGGUGCGGAGCUGACUAGUAUGUAUGUCGGCGAGACCGAGCGUGCCGUUCGAGAAGUUUUCCGGAAAGCUCGAGCGGCAAGCCCCAGUAUUAUCUUUUUUGAUGAGAUCGACUCGAUCGCCUCGUCGCGGGAGAGCGGCAAGCAGCUGAGCGGACUCAACGUGCUCACGACGCUGCUGAACGAGAUGGACGGCAUCGAGUCGCUCAAGGGCGUGCUGGUGCUUGCGGCGACGAACCGGCCGGACGUGCUGGACUCGGCUCUGAUGCGACCGGGUCGGUUCGACGCGAUUUUGUAUGUCGGGCCCCCCAACCUUGCGGCGCGCAAGCAAAUCGUUGAAAUUGGCACGCGGAAACGGCCGUUGGGCGACGACUUUGAGGUGGAGGAGAUGGCGCUACUUACGGAAGGCUAUUCCGGAGCCGAAAUCAUCGAAAUCUGCGCAGAGGCAGCGCGAAUGACGCUUCGGGAUCGGCUCCAGCAUGGAGAUAAGCGAAAGAUUGGCAGGGAGCAGUUUACGAAGGCGCUGCACAAGACGCCCAAGCGCAUCACCAAGGAGAUGACGGACAGGUAUGAAAACUGGAGCAUUGACGACGCCAUAAAACGGCUGUGA